AUGACCGCAGUUUCUUGGUACUCAGCCCCCGGAACCCAGACCCCUCCUUCCCCCUCCCCCCGCUGCGGGAUGGCGGCCAACGCCCCCCCACAGGCCGCUCCCGCAUUCGCCGCCCCGAACAACGCACACCCCGGCGCGCAGCCUAAGCCAAACGUGUUCUCGGCCACGAUCCCUUUCGCGUCGGAGGCCGACGCCAGGGCCGUCGUCAACGCGGUUGCGGUGGACGCGGAGCUGCGAACGGAACAGGUGUCCAGAGAGCUGACCGUGGAUGGGCACAAGGUUGUGAUCAAAUUCGAGGCAACUGAGGCAAGGCUCUUGAGGGCUGCAACUGGUACACUGCUCGAGCUGUUGAGUUUAGCUGCAGCCACACUGGAGCGCUUUCGUCCAUGA